AUGAAUCAAAAUCCGAACAUCCCGAAUGGGCAACAACCGCCUGGACAGCAACCGGCCAUGGGACUUCAGAAUGAGAUUCCCAAUGCCAAUUGGCGCGAUGAGUUAUCGGUGGGCGACAGAGCUCGUUUCGUUGGCCAACUCGGACAAGCCUUGAAACAUUUAUCGCCCAGCACUCCCGAUAGUGAUAUUUUUGCAGCAGCGAAAAAUUUUGAAGGCACUCUUUUUCAACGCAGCACGAGCAAGAACCAAUACAUCAUCGCCUAUGCACGCAAAUUUCACCAAAUUAAACAAGAAAUCCAGCUGCAAAGUCAAUCGGGCGUCAGCGGGCCGGCCAUGAUGAACGACGCUCAGCUGCAAUUGAAUAUGGAUGGCAUGGGAACACAACAAAUUUCUCCAUUGUUGUCCCAACAACAGCAACAGCAACAACAGCAGCAGCAGCAACAACAGGUACAACAACAGCCAUCGGGGGUCCCUCAACAACCACCCGUGAGUGGAGCAUCCCAAAUAGCGUCUCCGCGACCAAUGCAACAGCAACAACAACUCCAAAACAUGGCUUCACCGAUGAAUAUGGGAUCACAAGCCGCCAUGACCAGUCAAAUGCAAAUGCACCCUAACAUGUUUCAGCAAAAUAUGAUGCAAGCUCGAUCCCAACAUCCUCAAUCGCAAGCUCAACCGAAUCCAAUGCAUUCUGUCAUGACGCCUCAACAACAACAUGCCACUCAAGCCCAGUCUCAAGGGGCCCACGCUCAGAUGAUCGCCUUGCAACGAUCCGCCGCAGCUGCUGCCAUGGCUGCCGUGGCCAAUAACCAGGGUACUCCUACCAUGCCGAAUCAGACGUCCCAGCAACCUCAUACACAGACGACUCCUCAGCAAUCGCAGUUACCGCUUAACAUGCUUCAAAAUCUGAACAUGGGCAAUGUGAACGCUGGCAACCAAGGCACACCACAAAUGGUGAGUCAGACUCCACAGCAGCAACAUCCUCAAACAUUGGGGCAACAACCUCAAAUUCCUCUCAAUCUGUUACAAAACCUGGGGAUGGCCAACAUGAAUCCUGCCGCGCUUUCCAUGUCACCACAACAAUUCCAAAUGUUUCUUGCCAAUCAGAUUGCUCAAUAUCAGCAACGUCAGCAGCAACAACAGCAACAGCAACAACAACAGCAACAACAACAACAGCAGCCGCAACAACAACAGGCACCGCAACAGCAACAGCAGCCUCCGCAACAGCAGCAGCAGCAGCCUCCGCAACAGCAACCACAACAACAACAACAACAGCAGCAGCAGCAACAGGUUCAGCAACCACCUCAAGGUAGCCAAGGAUUCCAAGGCAAUAUCGAUCCUGCAAUUUUGAUGAAUAUGGCCCUGGCCAAUAAAGUGAACCUGGGUGAUUUGCAACAACGUAACGCCAUGUUCCGUCCGCCUAAUGUGAGCAUGCCUCCCUCGUCCGGGUCGCCUAUGCAGCCUACGAUGAUGAAUCAAACCUCGAUGCCCAUGGGUUCCGCACCUCAUAUUCCCACGAGUAUGCCGGCGCAACCACCGCAACAGCAGCAACCACAACCACAACAACAACAACAGCAACAGAAUCCAGCCUUGAAAGCAUUAACUUUUCAACAACGCAAUAAUGCCGCUGAAAUCGUGCGCCAAAUGGACGAAGGCAUUCGCAGCAGCCGAGUCCGCGGUACCGCAAUUGAAGGAGUUUCGGAACAAGAGAAAGCGGCGAUUCGGGAUCAAACGAUUCAAAUGAAACCAAUGUACGAGAAACUCGACAAUCUACUUCCCGUGUUUCUCGCCUUGACGUCCAAUAUGGAAGCCACUCGACGUUUGAUUCUCAUGAAGUAUAUGUUUGAAGAUCAAUUGACAAUGUUGGCGCAAAACAAGUAUGUCAUCACCCUAGCGAACCUACAAAAGCUACGAGAGCAGUUUAGCGGUUACUUCUCUUGGGUGAGAAAUGCUGUUGGCGUGGGUAAUCAGCAGCAACAGCAGCAGCAACAGCAGGCCCAACAACAGACACAGCAACCCACAUCACAGCAGCAGCAACAACCUGGUGCCCCUUCGCAAAUGAAUAACAUGCAGCAAAUGGCGAAUGCGGUGGCGGAUGGAAAACAUGGCAUGCAAGGACAACAGGGCGAUCACACGCAACCCUCCUCUAUUGGGCUCGGUUUAUUACCGAUGCAAAUGCAACAGCAGCAGAAUCAGCAAAAUCAGAUGCCAGCUCACAGUCAAGCGCAAGGCCAAACUCCCACUCAGACACAGCUACAAGCCCAACAACAGCAGCAGCAAAUGCAAGCACGAGCUCAAGCAGCUCAAGCUCAAGCAUUGGCCCAAGCUCAGGCUCAAGCUCAAGCCCAGGCACACGCCCAAGCACAAGCACAAGCGCAAGCUCAAGCUCAAGCUCAGGCCCAAGCUCAAGCAGCUCAGCAACAGCAGCAGCAAAUGCAAGCGCGUAUGCAGGGACAACAGGCACCACCAUCGCAUUUAGCUCAAUCCAUGCCCACCUCCAUGGCAUCGACCCCUGCAAUGACCCAAGGCAUGACCGCCAUCAAACGUGGCAGUAUCGAUUUGAAACUUCCUCCCUCAAAAAAACGUCAGAGUCAGCCCUCGGCGCAAAAAGCAUCGCCUACCUUUAGCAGAGGCCAGCCACGAUCACAAGCUGGACCUGUCAUGGGUCAUCCUGCUACGAGUUCAGUGAGCCCGGCCGCCCCCGGUGGAAAUCAAGCGGCGGUUGUCGAUCUUACUCGAUCGGCCUCGGUGGCUAACAGCCCAUCUACGCAACCGGCGGAAACCAUGGGCCUGUCUUCCAACGAAAAACCUCAACCAGGCUACGCCGCACCCACGGCGGAAGGCAUGACGAAUCCGGCCGCCGCCAUGGCAGGAGCUGCGGUUCACGCGGGUAUGACCCACAGUCAACGUCAAGCACAGUCGCAAAUGAUUCAUCAAGCCGCGAUUGCCAGUGGUCUGUCUCCUCAAAUUGUCAGUUUAUUGCCUCCUCGAGCACUCCAAUGCAGUUGGCUGUUGCAGCAAGCGGCACAGAACAAGAUUUCCCUGACACCGCAGCAACAGCAACAAAUCCAAAGCAUGUUGAAUGAACGCAUUGAAAUUGCAAAAGAACAAUUAGCACGUCAAGCCAAUGAUGCUCAAGCCCAAGCCCAAGCUCACGUUCAAGCAGCUACUCAGCAAGCCGCCGCUGCAGCAGCCGCGGCCGCGGCGGUUGCCACUGCGGCCACAAGUCAACCUUUGACUGCCAUGGCACCAACGGUGCAAGCACCGGUGCGGGUGGGUGAGACGGAUGAAAAACGACCAGUGAAUGAUACGGUGGCGCCGGCGGCAGUGACCCAAGCUGCGAAUGUGAAGAAAGAGAUGCCGGCGCCACAACAAGCAGCGGCGAUCAUGCAACAAAUGCAAGCGCAGCCAACCGCCAUGGGAGCGAUGCCCACGGCAAGUAGUAUGGCAUUCAUGGCUUCGGCGGCAGGAAUGGCGGCCGCGGCGGCACCAGCUGCUGCUUUGGCUCGUCGAGGUGUGACGACCAUGGAGACGGCGAAAACGCAACGUCCCGGAUUGGCUCCGGAUGGCAAGAUUACAAAUACCAUGUUGUACGCCAACGAUGUAUUGAAAGACGUGGCGGAGAUCGUGUCACGAACGCAGACGUCAUCGGAAACGCAUGAAUUAGAGUUUGAACAGGAUGGGCAACAAGGUGCUCUCAUUUUUGACACGACUCCUGGAUUUUCUGAAGAAAAGGAUGACGCCAAACCGUCGGAACCGUUGCGGGAAGAAGAUAUUAUGAACAUGUGGUACGAACCCGGAAUGGAUACAGACGUACCCAGUCUACUGGAUAUCAUGCCAGGCAUAGAAUUUGAUCCAACCGGUCACAUCAUUUUAAGUGCAUCAUAA